AUGUCUACCGAUUCAUCGUAUACUUGUUUAUCUGCUGACUCCCUAUCCAAAGUUGGUGGAAUUGGGAAACGAGGCCCGGGUUUAACCUUUGUUGUGGCUACCGCCGUUGAAGCGCGUGGUCAGAUCACCCCAGAAGAUGCUGGUAUUUGGAGUGAUGACCAUAUCGAAUCAUGGAAGCAACUCACGACAUUCGCGCACUCUCAGAAUCAGAAUAUUGGUAUCCAGCUGGCUCAUGCAGGCCGCAAAGCCUCUUGUGUAGCUCCCUUCAUCGACUUUACUGCAGCAGUUGGUGGUUGGCCAGACGACGUAGUGGGCCCCUCGUCCGACCCUUGGUCUGCUACUUAUUGUACACCACGAUCGCUCACCAUCCCAGAGAUCAAGGACGUCGUGAUACCUUACCCUCCUCAAUCAAUCCAUCUUUAUGGCUCUUGCAAGAUAAAUGCGCUCACUCGCGCACAUUGGACCAAGUUUAAAGGCAUUGAUUCUGAAUGCGUCGCGGCUUCAGAUACAUAUAAGCUAGCUACCGACUCGCAAUCGGCAUGUUUGUAG